AUGUCGCUGGAUAUAACUUUUCUCGGCACAGGCUCAGCGUAUCCCUCUCCAACAAGAGGCGCGUCGGCGUUGGUGCUGCGCCGGGAAGGAGAGUGCUGGCUUUUCGACUGCGGCGAGGGCACUCAAACCCAGUUCAUGAAGAGCCGUCUCAAAGCAGGCAGAAUUACCAAGAUUUUCAUAACUCAUCUUCACGGUGACCAUUUCUUUGGCCUUCCUGGCCUGCUGUGUACGCUCAGCCUCCAAAGCAGCCCUGACCCGACCAAACCACCCGUCGACAUUUACGGACCGGUAGGGCUGCGGAACUUCAUACGGAGGAGCAUGGAGCUCUCCCACUCACAGCUUCUCUUAGAGGAAGAAUUUAGAGAGUUUUCCUCCUUGGACGGGGAUGAGGUGUCUCCGCAGGAAGCGCAAGGAAGGGUUCUCCACCUGGAUCCCGUGGAAAACUCCUACUUGCUGGUGGAGGAUGAGCAAGUGGUUCUGAAAGCGUUUCGCCUGUUUCACCGCGUUCCUUCCUUUGGCUUUGUGGUGGAAGAGAAGCCCCGGACUGGGAAACUCAAUGUGCAGAAACUGAAAGACCUUGGAGUUCAGCCGGGUCCGUUAUAUGGGAAACUGAAGAACGGAACAGCAAUCGUGCUAGAAAACGGAGUAACAAUUUCUCCUGCAGAUGUCUUAGAAGACCCUAUUCCCGGGAGAAAAAUUUGCGUUUUGGGGGAUUGUUCAGGAGUGGUUGGAGAUGCGGCCGUGAAGCUUUGCUGUGAAGCAGAUGUGCUGAUACAUGAAGCCACGCUGGACGAUACCCAAGAGGAAAAGGCCAGAGAGCAUGGUCAUAGCACUCCAAAAAUGGCAUCAGACCUUGCAAAAUUGUGCAAAGUUAAGAAGCUGGUUUUGACUCACUUCAGUCAGCGGUAUAAACCAGCUGCUGAGAGAGGUGAGGGAGAUACAGAUGUCACCGAACUGAAGAGGCAGGCAGAGUCAGCGUUAGAUGGUCAAGAAGUAAUACUAGCCGAGGAUUUUAUGACAAUAGAAAUUCCAAUGAAAAAGUGA